AAUGCACUGCAGGUUUACUCCUAGUAUGACGUCCAUGCAGCCUGCUAUUGAACUGUUCUUCCUCUCCUGCUCUCACUGUGCCAGACUGGUUUGAGAACCGCAUUUCCAUACCUCCUACAACUUCCGACGGAGGCUAAUAAGGAAUCUCUCCAAGCGGCUCGGAGCGUUCGUACGGCAAGGUUGACUUGAAUCAGUGAAAGAAAGACGAAUCAUUCGAAGGGAGCGUUAGAACCGAGAUGGGAGAUGUCGGCAUGGGGAUCGCGUACCUCUGCAGUUGCUGCUGUGAGUUCACUUGUCUACGAGUUAUGGUUGAGGAACGGUAUCGUUCUACUCGUUACUAUGUAUACAGGCUGCUGCAAAAAUACAGAUCCAGGGCAAGACGGUUCUCAACUUCGGAAGGCAAAGGCACACCCGAGCGAACGAUUGGUUGAUGAAGAAUUUAAGAAACGGGAUUAUAAAAGGGGUGCGGAUGGAAGGAUAGUACAAACUCAGCCGGGCGGGUCUUCGAAGAUGGUAAACAUAAAUCCGGGGGGAGGAGGAACUGGAGGUGGGGUUGGUGGAGAGGUGACAAGUGGUGCAAACAUGGAGCAUGGGUAGUUUUUUCUGUUCCGAAUACUUCCCACUGUAUCGUGAAGAAAGUUGAAAUGCGAGCAAGGACUCAUACGCACAGGUCACUUGUGACAUUGUACCCGUACCAUUUGACAUACGUACAUCAUAAUCGGAAAUUUGUGACUCGGGAUGUUGUACAUAACGCUACGAGGC